AUGCUCGUGACUCAGCUACACACCAACAGUCCAGCACAAGCUCUGCUCUGCCACUCCCAGUGCAUGCGCUACAAAUACGGUAAUACUAGCACAGAACUACACGUACGCCGCCGGACGUCCCUGACGUUGCACGCCCGCCGCGCACCGAACAGGUCGGCGAUGGCAAAGAACGCCGCGGCCACCGCCGACGCCGGCGACGAGGUCGUCCACGACUUCUCUCCGCUCCUCCUGGUCCACAGGAGCGGCAGGCUCGAGCGGCCCCUCGCCAUGCCGCCCGUCCCGCCCGGCCACGACGCCGCAACGGGCGUCGUGUCCAAGGACGUGUCGCUCUCGCCCUUCUCGUUCGUGCGUCUCUACCGCCCGCCCGAAACGGGCGCCGGCGCCGGCAAGAAGCUCCCCGUCCUCGUGUACUUCCACGGCGGGGGGUUCGUGAUCGGGUCGGCCGCGUCGGCCGCUUACCACCGCUGCCUCAACGACCUCACCGCGGCCUGCGCCGCCGUCGCGGUCUCCGUCGACUACCGCCUCGCCCCGGAGCACCUGCUCCCCGCGGCGUACGAGGACUCCCUGGCGGCCCUCAAGUGGGUGCUCUCCGCCGCCGACCCGUGGCUCGCCGAGAGAGCCGACCUCUCCCGCAUUUUCCUCGCGGGAGACAGCGCCGGCGGCAACAUCUGCCACCACCUCGCCAUGCACCACGACUUCAGGGGCGCCGCAGGAAGGCUCAAGGGGAUCGUCCUGAUCCACCCGUGGUUCUGGGGCAAGGAGACCAUCGGCGAAGAGCCCCGGCCGGGGCGCGCGGAGGGCGUGGAGCAGAAGGGCCUGUGGGAGUUCGUGUGCCCCGACGCAGUGGACGGCGCGGACGACCCCCGGAUGAACCCGACCGUGGAGGGCGCGCCGGGGCUGGAGAACCUGGCGUGCGAGAAGGUGAUGGUGUGCGUCGCCGAGGGGGACUUCUUGCGUUGGCGCGGCAGGGCGUACGCGGAUGCGGCGGCCCGGGCGAGGGGCCCCGAGCCGGCGGUGGAGCUGUUCGAGUCGGAGGGGGUCGGCCACGUGUUCUACCUGUACGAGCCUGCGACGGAGAAGGCCAGGGAGUUGCUCCAGAGGAUCGUGGCGUUCGUCAGAGCGGAGUGA